UGUUUUCUUCUACAGUCUUGGCACAACAAAGAAAGGAAUUGGCCCGACGUAUUCUUCUAAAGCCAGCAGGACUGGCAUUCGUGUCUGUGAUUUGAUGGGGGAUUUCAAAGUCUUUGAAGAGAAGUUUCGAGCACUGGUCAAUAUUCAUCAGAAACUGUUUCCUCAACUUGAAGUCGAUGUGGAGUCUGAACUACAGAGAUAUAAGAAUUAUGCUGAAGAGAUCAAGCCUAUGGUGUGUGAUACAGUCUUUCUAAUGGAUUCACUACUCAAAGAACCUGGUAAACGGAUCUUGGUGGAGGGUGCCAAUGCUACCAUGCUUGACAUCGACUUUGGAACGUAUCCAUACGUUACAUCCUCAAAUUGUUCAAUAGGUGGUGUUUGUACAGGGUUAGGUGUUCCACCUAGGAGUAUCGGUGAAGUAUACGGUGUAGUGAAAGCUUAUACUACCAGGGUAGGAGAUGGUGCCUUUCCAACAGAGCAGCUGAAUGAAAUUGGAGAUCUGUUACAGAGCACAGGCCAAGAGUUUGGUGUAACGACAAAGAGAAGACGACGAUGUGGUUGGUUAGAUGUGGUUCUUCUUAAAUACGUCCAUAUGAUCAAUGGAUUUAGUGCACUUGCUAUGACCAAGCUGGAUAUUCUAGAUAUCUUUGAUGAGAUUAAGAUUGGAGUCAAAUACCUUGUCAAUGGAGAACCUCUCGCUUCAUUUCCAGCCCAUCAAGAUGUGUUGAAGGAGGUUGAGGUUGAAUAUGUAACUAUGCCUGGAUGGAAGACUAGCACUAUACAUGCUAGGAAGUUUGAUGAGCUUCCAGUUAAUGCACAGAAAUACGUCCUCAAAGCACAAGAACUCAUUGGUAUCCCAAUUAAAUGGGUUGGAGUUGGCAAGAGCCGUGAUUCAAUCAUCAAGCUUUUCUAAAUUGCUACGCUUAUGAUGGAAGAUUGUGCUGAUCUUAUCUGUUGAAGUUAGAGUAGACUCAGAUGAACCUGCUUCACAAACUAGGAUCAGGUUAUCCAAGGGUUCAUGAAUGUAGCUAAUGAUGCUGUAAAUGAUAACUACUGUUUAUUCUACAACCUCUGAGAGUGUUCAGAUAAAUAUAUAUAUAUCUCAGUAAUUGAUUAUGAGUGACUUGUUGGGUAAUAAGUCACCCAUCAUUAAUCUGAACUGUACUAGGGUUUUACUGUCACAAGGUCAUUGAUACAUUGUAUCUCAAGCAAGGGGAACAUUUUUACUGACUUGAUGAUUUAUCAAAUGUCCUCUCCAGUCCCCAAAUAAUUGAUGCCAUCUCAUUCAAUACAAUACGAAGGUAGCAAUGUUCUCUCCCCCCCCCCCUGAAUUUUUUUUUUUUUUUUCUAGAUUCAAAUUUUGUUCAUCAUGCAGUUCAAACACUUAAAUAAUUAUGAUCUUUUUAAGGGAUUCACUUGUAAAUGACUGUCUUUGAUCUUCAUAAAUAAGUUGCCUAUAUAUAUAUUUUUUUGGUAUGGGAUUAUUGACUUGCUUUGUAGAUUAGCAGUGAUAAUAUUUGCUCAGGUGGGAUAUCAUAUUCAUUUCUUCUUAUCUUAAUCAAUUGUUUAUUUUUAUUCACUGUGAUAUAUCAGUAUAGAUGAGACAGUGCCAAUGUUUUUGUAGAGACUAAAUUAAGCAUUCAACUAUCAAAAACAAGUUUCAAAUAAAUUUUCUCAAUUUUGUCACAUGUAGCAUGUACACUUUGCAGUUGAGAUGUUCAAGACUUGUUUGUUUUUAUUCACUAUCAAUGCUCUUUCUACCAUAUCCAUUUUCCUGAUUGCUACCUCGGUAUUUGAAUGGUUUCUUGUAAUGUAUGUUUUCUCCAAGCUUUUAAAAGAAAGAAAAAACAAAUAUUUUCUGGUUAAAAUUUUGUUGCAUAUUUCUUUUUUGUUUAACUACAUGAUGUGCAGAUAAUACUAAAACCCUGUGCUACUAUCCUACACUUUAGUUCUAUAGACUUCUGAUAUUGAUACAGAGCUUGAGCAGCCCCUGAACAUGUUAGCAUUACAACCUGAAUUAAGAAGGGAAAUUUAGUUGUUAGGAAGACCUCUUUAUUUGUAUCCUCUAGUGUGCUGUUGUGUAACUUCAUUUUUAUGUUGGUGCUUAUGAAGAUAACUGCCGGUAAAUUGUUUUCUCUAUAAAGGGGGCUUUUUCCAUGUAAAGUUAUGUUUGGCUUUCAGGAAUUAAAAUAAAAAGUAAAUGAAAUGUAUGACCUCAACUGCUUAAGUCUAAAGAUAUGUUUCUCUUAUUUCAAUAUCCAAUUGCUGUUCUAGCCAAUUUAAAUUUAACAUUAGUUUGAAGGUUCAAAUUAAACUUUGUUGAUUUUAAAGUCUGGAUGAAACCUUUACCUAAUAAUAGGAGAAUGUGAGGAUAUGUGCAUGUGUAUUCAGUUCACUCCAAAUUACAGACAUGUUUUUGUUCUUUCAAGCUCUAUCAUUAUUAAAGAACUAUAAGGCACAAAGUUUUAAAUAUUAGUAUUCAAACUGCUACUCAUCAUUUUUUUUUCUUUUUUAAAAUAUUACUAUUUACUAUAUAUUUUUUGUAUCUUUUUCAGUUAUUUCGCUAUUUUGCUUUCAAUAUCUUAACUAGAGGUUGCUGUUAUUAGAUGUAAUAGGUUUUCCCUGAAAUGUUUUAUAUCCUUUUAUAUUAAUUUAAAUUGAGCUUUACUAGUCCAUAAUUUCUUGGUUUUUUUUUUGUUGUUGCUUAUUUAAUACUGUAAUCAACAUAGCAUCCAUUGUAUUAUACAUAUGUUAGUUUAAGAGAGAGCUGAAUUCAUUUGGAACAAUAUUUAAAGUAGAUUAAUGAAAUUUAACAGUUAUUUCACCUUCAAGGUUACAAAAGCUUGUGCGGAAGAAUGCAUUGGGAAUCACUUGACAUUUUAAUUUAAUGUUGGAUUGUAGAAAGGAUAAAUAUUUUUAUGAAAGAACUUUAUUACAUGAAUGAUUAAUGAAAAUGUCAAUGUUAUUGUACCAUGUGGUUCAAAAUGUGAAAAAGUAAUGUCAAAUACUUGAUUGCCUAAUCAAAGAUUUCUUUUUAUUGAAGGUAUGCAUUAGUUAAAUGUCUAUUUAAUGUUGGUCUAUAGUGUAUUACAUAACAUUUUAAGAGAAAAUAACACUUUUUUAAGUAGAAGUAUAAUAUUCACAACAUUCAUUAUCAUAAGAGAUUGUUACACUGAAUCUAACGAUUCUACACUCCAUACUUUUUAAGAUUUCAUAAAUGUUUUGUCAGGACACUGUUUUUUUUAGCUGAAACGUAACUGCUUUAAUAAAAUCAUUUUCUUCAAGUAAACAAUACAAUCACCUUGCCUUUUUAGAAAAAUUGCAAUGUUAUGCCAAGAGAAAAACUUGAACUGGUUCAAGAAAAAUUUAUUGAUAAUGUGUAGUUUUUAUUUUUUCCAUCAAAGAUCAUUAUUACAGGUUAUGUCUUGAUACAUUCUAACUUUUAUUAAAUUUUUUUUUAUACAGGUGAUAUGCAGAGAGUCAAAUUUAGUUAAUACAGACAUGAUCUACAGUGCAACGUUAAGAAGAAUAAUAUACCUAAAUACUCUUACAAGUACCCCUUUAUUUGAAAGUCACAUAAAAUUUGAUUUACAUAUUGUUAUUGGAUGUCUUUUUCAUGUCUGGCAUACAUUUAGUUUGUGAACCUUUUUCUUAACCUUGUACUAUGGUCUCACCAAAAGUCACCGUAUGUCAAGAUUUUCCCUUGAUAUUCUGUUUUCUGAUGAGAAUGAUUAAAGGUUUUAUAUGUCUAAUUUAAGACUUGUGGAGGAGCAAUGGUAACUUCAUGUUCUAGUGCUAAACGAAAGUUGUUUUUUAAUGUAGAAAGUCACAUUUAUGUCAAAAUUAUUUUGUAUUAGAAAAAUUAUUAAAAUAAUAGAAAUUAUCAAAUAAGCAUAAUUGGGAAAAAAUAGUGAUAUUAAGAAUCACACGUUCAAUGACAGGAAGAUAACAACCUCUACAUGUAGAUUUCAAUUUUGUCUUCCUUCAUGAUUUUAUUGUCUAAAUUUUGGGUGUGUGAUUUUUAAAUUGUACGAUUGAAAAUUAUAUAUAUAUGCUGAGAGGAAAAUUGAGAUGAAACAAGUGUUUCUUGAUCUCCAUUGUAAUUAUUCAUCAGAUUCAUUGUAAAGCUAAUUUUUUUUCUGCUGGUGUGACUUGUUUCAAAUAAAGUAUGGGAUGUGGUGAAGAAUAAAAUUGAUUCCAGUGUUUUAUCAUCUAUAA